UCUAUUAUUAAUUACCCGUAUACCACUAGUAACGCACCCACUCCCACGCGAUCGAGUUUCUCCCAGUCAGUUGACUCACACGAGUCGCGACUCACAACGACCUCCCUCCCUCCCUCCCUCACUCUCUACUCUGCAACAAAAGAGUUCGACGACUCCGUUUCUUCUAGGGUUUCCAUGAAAAACCAAGACGACACCACCCUCUCAAUUAAAACGGCACUGAUUUUUCCAAAAAUACGGUUCCAUGUUCUUCAUUUGUGAAAUCUCACUCGCUUUCAUGUCUUGUAAAUGGAGAUUACUGCCUUUAAUUUCACUCUCUCUGAAUCUUUCCUCAUAGCCUCAUCUCUUACCCUCCUCUCUCUCUCACUUGCUCUCCUCACUCUCCGAUCAAAAUCUCCCAAGUCGAAACUCUCCGUCCAUUCAUCCACGUCAGCAGCAUCAACAUCCAAGACGAGAACCUGCAGGUGUUGCUGUUCUUGUAUCGGUGAGAUUGGAAGUGAUAAUAGUAAGGAUUCUGUUACGGCGGAGAAGUACGUGAACGGUGUUGGUGCGGCAGAGGAUAUGGUGGUGGAUAAGCAGACCGGAGCUUCGAUGAUGGAGCAGUUAGUGCCGGAGAUUACAACGCACGCGCUUAGUUAUUUGGAUUAUCCAAGUUUGUGUAGGUUGUCGAUGACUAAUUCGUUGAUGCGUAAAGCUGCUAAUGAUGAUAAUGCGUGGAAGGCGCUGUAUCAUAAGGAUUUUACAUUGGAACAAGGUAGUGUAACUCCUGUUAUUGGGUGGAAGGCUUACUAUGCGGUUACAAGAGCCAUUGUGAAUGUCAAUACAGAAUUCUUUAACAUCAUUAGAGAAAGGUCUCUUCAAGCAAUGAGUCAAUUAUGGCUUAAUUCAGAUUAUGUGAAGUGCACCCAUGCAUCUGGGGAAAAUUUUUCAGGGUAUAAUGCUGUAAUACAGAGUUGGCAGUUUGCAUUUAACUGGGAGCAAGGAUUGGACUUGCAGGUUCGUGAUGUAAGGGCUCGUGUGCUGACUGACAUGGCUUGGGUUACCAUGAAAAUGUACGUUGUUGAGAUGGACACUGGGCCAUUUAACGUAACUAAUGUCUUUGAGUUCCAUGAUGGACGGUGGUACAUGGUGCAUCAUCACAGUUCAGUGAUGAUCAUUGAUGCGGAGGUGGACCAGCAGAUUGUGCAUGCAUGAAUUAAGAGAAAAGUAAAAUGAUACUCAAGUGAUAACUUAAAUACUAGUUGCAAAAUAGCGGUCUUUAUUAGCAAGAGCCAGUUUCUCGAAUUUUCUUUAUGAAUUCAUGGAAGAUCAUUUCAAUUUUCUUCA